AUGAAUUAUUUAGAGUCAGAAACAGCGAGUAUGGAGGACAGAACCAAAGUUGCACUGACUUUAAAUACCAAUAUUUCAGUUGAGACACAGAUACCUUCCUUCCGCCGAACAACGAUGCAGAACGUGCGUCAGUCGUGGGUUUCUACCAGACCUCCCUCGAUACCAGAGGCCGAAAGCAUGAACAUUCAACCAACAGCCAUUCUUGAAAAGAACAUGCCUACCGCCAAGUCUCGGUUAUCAAUUAUCAUUCAGAAGGGUACACCGAAAAAAGUGGUCUCUGCUAGGCGUGAUAGCGGGUUCUUGGGUUCUCCUACAGCCGUUAAUGAAUCUUACGACUUGGAGAAUUAUGUGGAUGCACUGUCAUCUCCUCAAUCUCUAUUGUUAAAUCGACCAAUUUCAAAUAUCUCUUCAUCCACAUGUUCAGAACUUUCAGAUUUUUCACAUUCUCCCUCGUCCUCGCUCGUGUCGGGAUCCAUUGGUACCAACAAUCAAGAUAAUAGUAGCAUAUCUGAUAAUAUGUCGAUGAGUAGUACUUCGCCUACGCCAAGUUUAGUCCGUCAUCGAUACUCCGUUCCGACUGAAUCAGAAAGUACGAGUCCUCGUCAGGAUGACGCGACCCCGCGACGUGCAUCAAUGCCUUUCUUAUCUCAU